UAUAGACCAGAUAGUAGAAUACAUUCAAUAUGCCUCCAAAAUUCGAUCCUUCUGAAGUUAAGUUCCUUUACUUAAGAGCCGUCGGUGGUGAAGUCGGUGCUUCUUCCGCUUUAGCUCCAAAGAUUGGUCCAUUAGGUUUAUCCCCAAAGAAGGUUGGUGAAGAUAUCGCCAAGGCCACCAAAGACUUCAAGGGUAUUAAAGUCACUGUCCAAUUGAGAAUCCAAAACAGACAAGCUACUGCUUCUGUUGUUCCAUCUGCUUCCUCUUUGGUUAUCACUGCCUUAAAGGAACCAGUUAGAGACAGAAAGAAGGAAAAGAAUGUCAAGCACUCUGGUAACAUUCCAUUAGAAGAAAUCUAUGACAUUGCCAGACAAAUGAGAGAAAAGUCUUUCGGUAAGACCUUAGCUUCCGUUGCCAAGGAAAUCUUAGGUACUGCUCAAUCUGUUGGUUGUCGUGUUAACGGUCAAAACCCACAUGAUAUCAUUGAUGCCAUUAACGCUGGUGAAAUUGAUGUUCCAGAAAAUUAAAAUUUUUUAUGUACAAAUGUGUUUUAAUAGGGUUUAAUUGAUAUUUAACGUUUCCGAAAAAAAAAUUGACAAAUGAAGUGUGAACUCGAAUGAAUGUUGGCACUAUUCCUUAAUCUUGAGGACGGUGUUGACCCAAUUUUAGAUUCAUACUUGUAAUUCCUCUGAAGAAGAGAAUGAAAUGAGAAGAAGUUGUGGAUUGUUGUGUGUGUUUUAUUCAUUGUGAUUGAAAUUUUCUUAACCUCUGCAUGUUUGCCAACACUCUGGUGCCAUAUCAUCCUUUGCUAUUUAUAGCUUAGAAUGCCAUAUUUGGUUCCUAUUUUGGUGCAAACUAGAAUAUUUUUAGCUGACUACUCACCAUUAUACUCCUUUUUCCACUAUGGGUAUGAUCAGGUCCAUUUCAUUAGCUUACAUCUUAACUAUCACAAUGAAGAAAAAAAAUAAUACACUCAAUACACAACAACAGAAAGGUUCAAUAGUUCCCUUUCUGUCCUUCAAAGUUUCAAUCUUACGUAGUAUUCGU